AUGACAACGGAAAACCAGCAUGAACUCGUCACGGCAAACGCGAGAUACGCCUCCACCUUCGACGAGGACAAGAAGAAGGUCAUGGCGCCACCGCGCAAGAAGUAUAUCCUGGUGACGUGCAUGGACGCUCGCAUCGACUCCGCCGCUGCUUUUGGCAUUGCUCUUGGCGACGCACACGUCAUCCGCAACGCUGGCGCCAGCGUCCAGGAAGCGUUUCGCUCGAUCAUGAUCUCGCAGCAUUUCAUGGGUACCUUGGAGGUUAUCAUCGUCAAGCAUACGGAAUGCGGGAUGUCCAUGUUUACGAACGACGAAGCUUGCAGCAUGGUAACGCGUAGCAGAGGCCUGGAGGCCUUACCGCAGGACUACGACUUCGGCUGUAUCGUGGAAGCGGAGCAGAGCGCGAGGGAUGACGUGGCGUGGUUGAAGCAGCAGCGAGCGGUUAUGGAGGAGACAGAAGUUAGCGGGUGGUUGUACGAUGUGAGGACGGCGAGGGUGAGGAAAGUCGCGUGA